AGUCCGCACUAUCAUCUUCCUCAAUCUCUAUCUCUCGUGACUCGGCACCGGCGCCUUGCAUCGACUCCAUCAUCCACUCUAUGCAGCAUCCACCACUGCAGCGAGAAUUGUCGUGUGCGAUUCCCACCUUGAACUAUGUUUUUUUUUUUUUUUACUCAGUAACGGAUGUAAUUUCCAAUGUAGCGAAGUACAAUACUUCAGUCAAAAUCUACUUAAGUAAAAGUAAAAUUACCGAUUUCAAAAACUACUUAAAAAUUACAAAGUACACAAAAAAACUACUCAAUUACAGUAACGUGAGUAAAUGUAAUUCGUUACUUUACACCUCUGUGAUUUGUAGGAUGCGAGUUGCAUGAUGAGCCUCUCUAUAGUUGUCUGGAGUGGUAGCACGGGGGCCAAUCACAAUUUUCUUAUGCUACUGCUUACAGGGCUGGUAGCCUAUACCUUAUGUGAUCAUUUAAGUGUAGAUUUGAUACCCCCUCUAACGUGGAGUCAAGUGGUGUAGGCUAUAGGCGUGUCUGUGUUUAAAUAAUAUAAUUUCUGUGUGGUAAUAUGAUAUUUUCCAUGUUCAAUAUUCACAACUUUGGCUACUCAUAAUGAUUUCAGUUUAUAGGCUACACAUAACGGACCCUUGUUCAGAACAAGACUCCUGCUCAGAACAUAGCAUAUUUGAUUGUCAUUUGUUAACAGAUAGGCUACAUAACAAACAUAUUACGAUUAUAGGGAAUGUAGACCUUGCCUGUGGAAUAGGGUAUAUGCGACAUAGCGCUUCAUUCGUCUCCUCUUUGCACUCUCCUCUCUCAUCCUCUACUCGGGCGAGUCUCCGCCUCUCCGGAGUGCGAACCUGACACCCGCCUCAACUCAAGCCCCCCUCCAUCGCCGACCACCUCUGCCCCUCCCUCGGCCCGCGAUGCGUAGGCUGUCCCAGUGAAAGCCCACCUCUCCACGCAAGUAGGCUAACUUCAAAACUUUGCCUGGAGUAAAACUACUGAGGGAAAAUACGUAUGUAUUACGCCAAGUGGUGAAAAGAGGGGAAAAAAGUUUUAAAUCGCCCCGAUUGUUGGCCCACAGCGGGGUGAUUUAAGGGCAGGCCGAAAAAAAAACUGUAGGAUGUGGAUCUGGUAUCUCCUGCUUGGUUCGGGAUCGGGCACAAGCUCGGUUGAGAGCCAGCUCCUCCCUGGAAAUAACUACACCACGGAGUGCAACAUUCCAGGGAUCUUCAUGUGCGGAGAUGGGAAGUGCAUCCCAGGAGGCUGGAAGUGCGACGGCUUUCCUGAUUGCUUCGACUCCAGUGACGAGAAGGGAUGUCCUAAGGUGAGGUCCAAAUGUGCACCCACCUUCUUCGCCUGCGCUAACGGGAUGCACUGCAUCAUCGGACGCUUCCGCUGUAAUGGCUUCAAUGACUGCCCCGACGGUAGCGACGAGGAGAACUGCACUGGAAAUCCUCUGUUGUGUUCAGCUGCACGGUUCCACUGUAGGAAUGGCCGCUGUGUGGACCGCAGUUUCCUCUGUAACGGAGAGAACAACUGCCAAGACAACACAGAUGAGGAGAAUUGCCUGACCACUGAACAGGCUCCGGGGGAGGACGUGGUAACCCUGGACUACCGGCUGCGCUACUACCCUAGCAUCACCUACGCCGUCAUCGGCAGCGCCGUCAUCUUUGUCCUGGUGGUGGCGCUGUUGGCCCUGGUGCUGCACCACCAGCGCAAGCGCAGCGUGCUGCUGCCGCGAGCGGGCCGCGUCGGGGCCAGAACCGGGCCGCACCACCAGCCCCUGCUGCUCUCGCGCCUGCUCAUCGUGGAGCGGGGGCACACCCACCACGGUGCCAGCCACGCCCUGGCCUCCAGCCCCACCUCCCCGCCGCCGGGGCUCCAGCUGCUCGCCAGCGCCCUCUACCCGCCGUCGCCGAUGUCGCACGCGCCGCCCUCCUACUCACAGGCCGUGCUGGACGCCAGUAGGCCUCCGUGGUUUGACCUGCCACCUCCCCCUUACCCUCCUGAUGGGGACAUGCCGUCCGACAGAGAGCUGCCCAGCUACGAGCCCUCCCACCCCGCCACCCCCAGAGAGCUCCCCCAUAGGACUGGCCGCAACUCCACAGAGGAGAGUGACCAGCUGUAAGCCUGGGCUGGACAUGCAGACAGACAGAGAGACAGACAGCAAGAGACAAAGACAGACAAAGAGAGAGAGAGAGAGAGACUUGGAGAGGGGAAAGGAUGGACUGCGGCACGCUAAGCCUCAAACCCUGUCAGACAGCUCCCUCUGCUGGACAGCUGGGUGUACGACACCCACAACCCCCCCUUAACAUGGAGAGUUGGGUCUUUCUGCCCCCGAAACGCCCCUCUUUAAAAAAAAUAAAAAACAGGAGAGUUACCCUCAUUGUGCUGUGCAAGCUUUGUGACUAAAGGAGAACAUGGUGGUUCUGUUCAUCUCUAAAGAUUUAAAGUGGAACCAUCUGGAAGGACUCUUUUAAGACACGGACAAC